CAAGUUUCAUCCCUGGCCUCGAGUUUCACUUAUACCUACACUAUCUGUUACCGGACUCUGGCGUGACUAUAGCGCCGGCUGCAUCCACUUGCUCCAUUUAUCAGUGUCCCCCUUCUUCACCUUCUCUUGCUUUCUAAUCUUUCUGUUGCCGUUCCUUCCAUCCCAUCUUUUUACUGGCCACCCGGCCAACCGGACCACAUUCACCCAGCACUCGCCUCCCGCACAAACACCACAACCUUAUAGAUCUCUUGGCAUCUCGGCCCUUCGCUGCCGGCCGUGUUAUUUUUUCCCCCUUCACCUUAAGACUCAAGGCAACUGCGUGGAGUAUUUCUCUCCACAACCAAAGCACAACUCCCGCUCUUCAACCUCUCCACCACCUUUCCUGACAACGCCUCACCUGCAGAUCAUGGCGGACAUGGUUGACACAAGCCAGCCCGAGCAAGAGGCUGGAAAGCCCAUGGCUGUUCAAGACAAGUCAGAGCCAGAUGUCGUCGUAGUCGACAGUGACAGCGAUGCCGAGGUUGAACCUCAAGGCACAGUUGCCCAACUUUCUCAAGCCAAAUCUCCCAAAAAAGAGAUUUCCAACUCCGAGGCAGAGACAGACGGCAGUGUCAGUGGCAAGGAGAGCGAAAAGGCUGCUAAUACUGUUCUUGCACCUUUGCAAACCUCAAGCGCUGACGACAAUACCACAAAAGACGCCGAAAUGGAACCAAAUCCUUCCGACACGGCGGCAACUCACGAUUACCUUGAUGACGACGACAACAAUGAUCUCACACCCCCUCCCGAGAGCCCUACCCCGCCCCCGAGUCACUUCGAGGACACAGUCAGCCAUUCCUCUGAGCCGCCUGUCGGCGCUGAGGAUGAGAUAGUGGUCAACAACGCACGCGCCGUCGAGUCGCCCGCACCAGCUGACCAGGAAGAUGUCGAGAUGGCGGACAGUGAGGAGAAGCCGCGCAGGUUGGUCGUGCUCAGCUCUAAGCGAAAGCGAGCAGGCACCGGCGAGAACGUUCGUGACGACAUGUCAGAAUCCCCGACGGCCGAGGAGUGGAAGCCACGCAAACCUCGUAGUGGACCCAAGAAGACGCACGGAGUCGGCAAUGUCAAAAGUGUCAAGCUCGGUUACUGGAGGGAUUCGAUCGCGGAGGACAAGAGGGAUGCUCACUCCGUCAUAGGCUUCAUCGACGUCCGGGACAGGUUGCGGACCAAGAUCGAGACUGUGUCCAGGGACGGCCGUAGCCUCAUUCAUCGCUAUCCGCUCCCACCUGGCCCUGGCGGUAGCUGGGUUACUUUUGAUAAGAUUGUUUUCGAUCCUCACCUGGUCAACCUCGACCACUUCCAGGUCAAGGAGUACGUCAAGGUUCGGUACGAGCAGAUGCAGAGCAACCACCCGGACGUCAACUCACAAGAGGCGAUGCUCGAAGCUGUCCAGCAGGCCAUAGCCAGAGUGACCGCCAACCCACCGCCCGAAACCAACGCUUUACCCGCUAUCGCGUACGGCCCUGAUAUUCCAGAGCAUGCCCUCACGAGGCCUGAGCCCAAGAGACGCAAGGUUAUUAGCGCUGCACCUGUCGAGGACGUUCUUGCCGCCGUCGACUUGAGUGGUCGCCCGUCGCGAGUCGUGGUCGGCACCUGGAAACACUCGAGUGAAGCUAAUCGGAAGGAUCGGCACGCCGUCCAGGGUGUUUUAGCUCAGAACGAGAAUUUCCGGUGCAAGAUUGUCAACCAAAACCCUGACGGUAAGGAGGUCGGUGGAAACUUUCCGCUUGGCGCCGGUCAGAUCUGGUGCCAGUGGGAGGAUGUUGACUUCCUCGAUCACCUGAAGGGCAUGAGCAGGCCGCAAAUCAAGGAGUACGUACGCGUCCGCCAGCGCAUGAUGGAUAUAGGCGAGCUUCCGGAGGACAGGGACAAGAACGACCAGCUGGCAGUGGAAGAGGCCCUCCGGCGUUACGCCCAGGGCUUGUCGAAGGAUGAGCCCAUGACCAUUGACCUUGACUCUUCGCCCGCUUUGCCCAUGAGAGGUACCCGUCAGCAGCAGCAGCAGGAGCGGGCCACAAACGGCAACAUGAAUGGUGGCUACGAAGAGAUGGAGGACAUCUCAAGACCCGCCAGUGUCCCGCCGCCUCAACACCACGAGAACAACUUCCGCCCCAUCCGCCAGAGCACCCGCGCCCCCCGCCACUCCCUCCCGGAUGUCCAGCUCCGAGCCGCUAAUCGUGGCCCACAGACACAAACCGUCGUCGACCGCCUGGAACGCACCAAUAGCAUCGCCCAGCGCGAGAUCGCCCGCGUCGAAGCCAGCCAGAUGCGCGCCGACCAACGCGCCGCCAACCGCGGCUUCCACACCCCAGCCAUCCAGCCGUAUCCCAUGCACCCUCCACCCCCCUCAUCCCAUUCACAACAUCAACAACAUCAUCAGCAGCAGCAGCAGCAUCUUCCCCCCUACGGCGGCGGCGGUAGACCCUCCUCACGCGCAGCUUCCGCAGUUCCCUCCCGCAACGGCACCCCUACUACCUCUUAUCCCCCCGGCGGCGGCGGCCACCAUCAAGGUCACCAGAAAAACCCUCAACAAGGUCCUAACGGCAGCGGCCCAUACGGAGGAGGAGGAACAUCAGGAUCAUCGGACCGCAAAUCCUUGUUUGACGAUAACAUCCAGCGCCUGAACCGGGUCUGGGCCGCGCAGGAGGCCAACAGGAUCAAGUUCUCGCAGGCGGCGGGCGAGACGGUGCCGGGCAUCAAUGAUGCCAAGAUUUAUGCGGGGAUCAAGUAUGAGCGCAAAUCGUCGGGUCCGUUUGAGGGCAAGUUGGUUAGUCAGGGGACGAUUAUCAAUAUUGAUGGGGAGGAUUAUGUGGAGUAUCGGGUUUUGACGAAGCCGAGCUUUUUCUAA